AUGGAUACGGGGCAUUGUACUGACGGACAGUCUACACUGAUACAACCGAACAUCAAGAACGACCAGAAAGAAACUCCAACCGAGUUCGUCGCCAAAGUCUCCGUCAAGCUCCCGGAUUUCUGGACAGAGGACCCCGACCUGUGGUUCCUUCAUGCAGAGGCGGCCUUCAGAAACGCCCAAAUCACACAGUCAAUAACCAAAUUCGACCACAUCAUACAGAAACUUCCCCAGAAGAUUAUGGUCUCGGUACGCGGCCUGAUCAUGGGUUCUGCUGCCUCCUCAGAAACCCCUUACGAGGAUUUAAAGGCCAAACUUGUCUCCUCGUAUACUCUAUCACGCUGGCAGAAGGUUUCCAAACUAAUUCAUCACCCUGGGCUGGGAGACCGACGCCCGAGCAGUCUCAUGGCCGCCAUGUUGGCCCUUCUCCCAGAGGACGAGAAACUAGGUUGCCUGUUCCAAGGUUUAUUUCUGGAGAAGUUGCCUGUCGAGAUGAGGGACCAUCUAGUCUCCAGGGAAUUCAAAAACCCUAGUGAAAUGGCGUUAUACGCCGAUAGUUUGUGGUACUCCUGGAACUAA